AUGAUCCUCCGGACCCUCCCUUUCUGCACCCUAGCGCUCAGUGCCCUCACACCCACCCCACCCCAAGCCGCCUCCACGCUCCUCUCCACCUCCGAGUUCCAAGCCCUGUCAGCCUCUGAGUCCGAGUCACUCCUCUCGCUCCACCGCCACCUCGUAGAGGUCGAAUCGAUAAGCGGCAACGAAAAGAAAGUCGGCGAAUGGCUCUCUUCCUACCUACAGUCGCACGACUGGACGGUCGAGCGACAAGAAGCCUCACCCGGCCGGUAUAACCUACUCGCGUAUGGCUCCAAACGCGAAACAACGAUUCUCUUGACCUCCCACAUCGACGUGGUACCUCCUUACUGGCCCUACUACUACAACAAGACGAGCGACGAGAUUGGGGGUCGCGGCAGUGUUGAUGCAAAGGGAAGUGUAGCGCCGAUUAUCAUAGCUGCAGAGGGCAUACGAAAGCAGAUGUACGAUGACAUUUCGCUGCUGUUUGUUGUAGGUGAGGAAACCGGUGGCGAUGGCAUGCGCGCAUUCAGCGACUGGUCAAAACGACCAUCCUCACAUGAAAUCGUCAUCUUCGGGGAGCCGACAGAAGGCAAGCUAGUCUGCGGACACAAGGGCAUGCUCGGUUUCGAAGUCAAAGCUACAGGAAAAGCAGCGCACUCCGGGUACCCAUGGUUAGGCGUGAGCGCAAACGAUAUCUUAGUCGAGGCACUAGGUGAAUUGCUCAAGCUACGAAAACACCUCCCUUGGAGCGAAAAGUACGGAAACACAACUAUGAAUUUCGGGCGUGUCCAGGGCGGUGUCGCAGCAAACGUGGUCGCCGAAACUGCAUCUGCGAAUAUCGCGACACGACUUGCGGCCAGCACACCCAAGCUCGUUCGCGAACAUAUCGUCAACGCGCUUCAAGGCGUUAAAGCAGCGGCGCAAGAGCAAGGCGGUGAUCUAGACAUCAUCUGGGGCAGCGAGGGCUACGGCGUCGUCGACAUCGAUUGCGACGUCGAUGGCUUUGACACCCUCACUGUGAACUACGGUACCGACGUACCGUUUCUCUCCGGAGACCACAAGAGAUAUCUAUACGGCCCUGGAUCCAUCUUCGUCGCGCAUUCAGAUCACGAAGCGCUCAAGCGCAAGGAGCUUGAGCUGGCUGUUCUGGACUAUCGUCGGUUGAUCGUCAAGGCUAGUGAGAUGCGUGGCGAUGCUGUUGUUCAGGAUCAAACCGAAUUGUAG